CGACGGCGCGGCGCUGGACGUCCCCACGGGCGGGCGGGAGCUCGGAGGCUCCUCAGCAAGGCCGUCCUCCUGCAGCCCGCUGCCCGGACUGCCAGGGUCCCGACCGCUUAGACACAGGGCGCCCCCAUCACGAAAGCAGAGCCACCCCACGCCCAUGCUAGAGACAGACAAGUCGAGGCGCACGGCGCGCCCGGGGCCAAUACCGUCCGGGCCCACCCCUGGCCGCCCCGCUUUCUCCAUCCCGCAUCCCCGCAGCCUCCUGCGAUGCCACUGAGAAAAGAGAGCUCCGGGAUGCCUAGAGCGUCCCGGAAGUGAUGGGGUGUUGGAGGGGCGUGGCGCUGCGGAGGGCUGCGCGCCGGGACUUCCGGCGGCGGUGGCGGCUCCCGGCCGGCAGUUCCCACUCAGGAUGUGUGUGAAGCAGCGCCUCCAGCCCCGGAGAGCGGCACCCUGGCUCAGACAGUGCAGCCGGCUAGCCCCAGCCAGCUCCCGGGGCCCUGCCACUCUGGUCCGUGGUUGAGCGAGAAGCUGCCCCCGUCCCACAGAGAAGGCCACAGGUCUCAGCAGCGUGGAAUAGUGUAGGGGCGGUGUAACUCUAGAGAGGUCUAGGAGCCGGCCACAUUGCCAGAGUGGAAGACAAGGGACAGCCGAGACGAGAGGUCGCCAGGCCCGGGGAGAGGCACCCAGGAUUAGCGGACGGGCGGGCCAAGGUGAGACACAGGAGAGUGGGGGGCGCGGGAGGAGGGGAAGGGGAGGCAAGAGGCUCCCAGCUCAGGCGCGGGUCCCCUGUCUGCCCGCCCGCCCACCUGUGUGGGUCAAGCCGCCUCCUCCACAUGGCCUCCAAGCAGGCAGCUGGGAGGGGCCCGGGGGCAAAGCGCAAGAGGGUGGUGCUGACGCUGAAGGAGAAGAUGGACAUCUGCGCCCGCCUGGAGAAGGGCGAGAGUAGGAAGGCGCUUGUGCAGGAGUACAACGUGGGCAUGUCCACGCUGUACGACAUCAAGGCCCACAAGGCCCAGCUGCUGCGCUUCUGCGCCAGCUCUGCCUCCAACAAGGCCCUGGAGCGGCGGCGCACCCUGCACACGCCCAAGCUCGAGCACCUGGACCGAGUGCUGUACGAGUGGUUCCUGGGCAGGCGCGCCGAGGGCGUGCCUGUCUCGGGCCCCAUGCUCAUCGAGAAGGCCAAGGACUUCUACGCGCAGAUGCAGCUCACCGAGCCCUGCGUGUUUUCUGGUGGCUGGCUGUGGCGCUUUAAGGCCAGACACGGCAUUAAGAAGCUGGAUGCGUCCAGUGAAAAGCAGGCGGCCGACCACCAAGUGGCCGAGCAGUUCUGUGGGUUUUUCCAGAGCCUGACCGUGGAGCAUGGCCUGACGCCAGAGCAGGUGUACAACGCCGACGAGACCGGCCUCUCCUGGCAGUGCUGGCCCGGCCCGGAGGGCGGGCCAGUGCCCGGGGGCAAGCAGAGCAGGGACAGACUGACUGUCCUCAUGUGCGCCAACGCCACAGGCUCCCACAGAAUCAAGCCCUUGGUGAUCGGGAAAUGUAGCGGCCCCCGGGCUUCCAAAAGCAUCCAGCACUUGUCCGUGGCCUACCGGGCUCAUGGGAAUGCGUGGGCAGACAGGGUGGUCUUCUCUGACUGGUUCCAUCACAUCUUCGCCCCCUCGGUGAGAGAGCACUUCCGAGCCCUGGGUCUGCCCGAGGGCAGCAAAGCUGUCCUCCUGCUGGACAGCUCCCGUGCCCACCCGCAGGAGCCCGAGCUGGUCUCCGAGAACAUCUGCACCAUCUUCCUGCCUGCCGGCGCCGCCUCCUUGCUGCAGCCCAUGGACCAGGGCAUCCGUCGAGGCUUCAUGAGGAAUUUCGUCAGCCCCCCAGCUGCACCGCAGGGCUCCCACCCGCGCCACGCUGUGAAUGACGCCCUCUGCAGCGUGGCCUGCGCCUGGGACGCUGUGCCUGGCGCCGUCUUCAGCCGGGCCUGGAGGAAGCUGUGGCCCGCGGCCGCGCUGGCUGAAGGCUCGUCUUCAGAGGAGGAGCCCGAGCACCUCGGAGCCAGGCCGCACGACCAGACUUUUGCGCACAUCCCGGAGCUCGGGAGGGCGGCCCGGUCCCGGCCCAGCAGCAGGCUCCAUGGGAGCAUGGCUGCUGAGCAGGCUGGGCCAGGGCAGGGGGCUGGAGCCGCGUGCCCGGCGCAGGGCCAGCCAGAGCGGACUGAGAAGAAUGGCCGGGCUGAGGCCACCAGGGAGGGCGAGGAGGCAGUCUGGGAGCAGGCGGCGGUGGCCUUCGACGCGGUGCUCCGCUUUGCCGAGGGGCAGCCGUGCUUCACGGCGCAGGAGCUGGGGCAGCUGCGAGCGCUGCAUGUGGUGUUCAUGCGGCAUCAGCAGGGGCGGCGGCAGCGUCCCGCCCUCGGGGCCCUGGUCAAGCUGGAAGCCCCCCAGGAGCGUGGGGGGGGCUGUGCCACCCUGGGCCCCGCCCCAUCCACCGAGGGCAAGGACUGAUGGUACCCGGCAGGGCGGCAGAGUGGUGCUGACUGGUGGGAGCUGCCCCGGGGAGUGAGUGCUGAGGUGCGCAGCCCCUGCACCCUGGGUGACCUGUUACCUGUCCUGUCCCGGGACGUGAGGAGAUGCUUUGGAAGUGCCACCAACUGAAAACAUCCCAGAGCCUCCUGGCCAGAGCCCGGGACUGGCAGGCAGGUGGUGGUCUGGUGGUUGCUGGCAAACCUUGCCUGGACUGAACACACAGAUGUCUCUGUCCCAGCACCCGGCCAGCCAAUGGCAGUAGCUGCUGCCCCGUGAGAGGCCAGCCAGCCCAAGACCCCCACUGCCCCUCACGGGGGUUCGGGCUCCUGGUCUGGUGGCUAUGCCUGUGUCAGGUGGGCCCCAAGGGGCCGGUCCCUGGGGGCGGGGACUCAGUGUGUGACCUCAAGUCAGCAGAGUCCCUGCUUAUGUUUAUAUAGGCUGCCUGUCACCAGCCUGUGUACAUGUCCCCACUCUUGGUGGGAUUGCAUGUAGACGCAUGAGACUGUCCUGAAAGUCCCUCCAGGUUGCCAGCGCGCCCCACCCCGACCUUAGGUUCGGACCAGGAUGCGGGCCGCACGCCGGCCUGGUUGAACUGCUUCGCCCAAGCAGGCGGGGGUGUGGGCCGGACUGCCGGUCGCCCCACGGAGGGCCUCGGGCCCGUGCCGUCCCCAGCGUCUCGUCUCUGCGUCCGGAGCCCCACGUCCCCCGGAUCCCACGUGUCAGGGUCUUCACGCACAGCAGUCCUGACGAGGCCUUCAGAAGGGGGUCCGAGGCACACACGCCCGGGACGGGAGGCACACAUUCCGGUCUCUCGCAGUGACUGGACUUCUGUUUGGGCCAUUCACACCGGGGAAGAGUUGGGGGACAGUGGGCGUCCUGGCUGUUGGCGGCUCUUCCUCCGUCUCACAGCCGAACGGCUUCUCCGCUGGCGCUGCCAGGUCUGCAGCCCCCCGGCAGCACGGCCCAGCCUCCUGCACACGUGGUGCUUCUCUGCCCUGGGACUCCACCCCCUUCUCGAAGUCGUGCGGUGGCAGCUGGAGGGACCCACCAGUGUCAUCGUUCGCUGUGUGUCCCUCCUGGAGACCGCGGUUCUGUGAGAGCCCAGGGGACACGAGUGUUUCGCAGCUUUCCAGACGCGGGUGGCGCGGCUGCCGGCAGGAGGCCGAGUGGCCGUGCGUCCUGCCCAAGUGCGCGUGUGAAGGCGGGACAGGCGCUCGUGGCCUGAGUGUCCUCGCCGCCCCUGCUGUCAGCGCUUCCUUUGCAACAAGCGCCCUGGCCCCCCACACUGCCGUGUCAUCUUGUGUCACUUCCCGACUUGUGCCCCUGCCCCACUGAAUCGCAGCUUGAGGUGUGGCAGGAGGUUGGGAGUGGAGUCGGGCACCGCUGCCCGUGCCGCCCGCAGUGGCCAUCAGGAGACGGGCGGGUGCUCCCAGCCAGCAGCUCUUCUUCCGCUGGACUCGGCUGGGUGGGUGGAGCUAGGGGAGGGCCGGGCCGGCGGGUCCGCCUCAGCCUGGACCCCAGGCCAUGGGCACGUGUCACGCCCUCACAAACUGCUCCUGUCCUGGCAUGUUGUGGCCGAUCAAUAAAUGCUGUGGGUGGA